GUUUGGGCCAAGACCGAUAUGAACAAACUGAAAGACCAUCAGAGGAGUUUCCUAACAUACGUCUUCGGUGGUUCGAACAACUACACUGGCCGCAGUAUGAGGGCCGCUCAUGCAGGCUACAACAUCACUGAUGCCCAGUUUGACGCUGUCGUCGAGAAUCUCACAAAUACCAUGAAGGAGCUUGGUAUUGCACAGGAAUAUGUCGAUCAAGUCAAUGCCAUCGCAAAGAGCGAGCAUGACGAUGUCGUCGGGCAUUAG